GUCGUUGGAGUUGUCUCCCCUACAAAAAUGUCAGCCUCAAGCAAACGUUUUUUCUAACUCAAUUUAACUUUAUUGAAACAAAGUUAUUAUCCCAUCAACAUGGAUUUAUUUAAAACAUUAGAUCCAGACUUUGGUGAAGACUAUAGUGAUGAAGAUAUUGGUGCUGAAAGCUCUGAAGAUGAAAUUGAUAUUAUACUUCACGGAACACCAGAACAGAAAAGAAAAUUAUACAAAAAAACUAACAAAAGAAGCAAUUCCUCUAGUGAAGAUGAUUUUGAAUCAGAAAUGAACAAAGAGUUGCAGGAAACAGUAAAAACGUUAGAGUCCAGAAGAUUAUCUUUGUCUACGCCAGAUCCAUCACCAUCUGAAGAAAAAAAAACAGAACAGAAAGAUGAAGUGCAAGAUGGUAAACAGUCAGAUAUUCAAAAAUUUUAUGAUGACAUAUACUUUGAUUCAGAUGAUGAAGACCAAAAUGAGUCCGAGACUACUACAAAGAAGAAGAAACAGAAGAAUCCUGUAUUAUCUAAUGACGAUCUACUAUAUGAUCCAGAUAUGGAUGAUGAAGAUCAGGAGUGGGUUGAUCAACAACGGAAAAAUUGUCAGCCCAAAAACAAAAACACGGAGAAAAAUAAAAACAAGUUACCACAAACAGAUGCCAUUUUAAACUGCCCCGCCUGUAUGACAACAUUAUGCAGAGAUUGUCAAAGGCACGAGAGAUAUGCUAACCAGUACCGAGCCAUGUUUGUUUCUAAUUGUGAUGUGAAUAUGUCAGAGACAAUAGAAUAUCCAAAAGAACAAAAUACAAGGAAAAGAAAAAGAACGAAAAAAAAGAAAACACCAGAUCCAGAUCUGGCUAUAGAGACAUGUUCUAUAGCUGAAGAUAAUGAUGUUUAUCAUCCUGUUAAAUGUACUGAAUGUGAGACUGUUGUAGCUGUGAUUGAUGUAGAAGAAAUUUAUUAUUUCUUUAAUGUGUUAGCUAGCUACUAGAACAUGUGUUAGCUAGCUACUAGAACAGUAUCAUCUCAUUAAUUGUAAAUGUGUAUAUAAUCAUAAUUAAAGAUAUUAAUUAAUCAGAA